CCCAUCACCACUUCCGGUAAAAGAACACAGCUUGUGAAAAUGGUCUGUAUCGUUAUGAUUCCGGUAGCAGUUCUGACUGGUUUGACCGCCAACACAUUCUUCAACACCUUCACCAGCUACAUGUCCUCGGGCAUCCGAAACACCAUCUUAUUCAGUGUGGAAUUAGGAGAAGUGGUACACAGCUUGCAGAAAGAAAGAGACAUGAGUGCUUUGUACAUCAGUAAAAUAAGUCCUGUAUCCAAAUCCUUCUUGCUACAGAGGUACCCGGAAACUGAUCGCUCCAUUGAAAAAUUAACAUUUUGGACGACGUUGUCACAGCUUGAAUUUCAAUCCAAGGAUAAGUUUUUGUCGUAUCUCAACCAACAUAGAUAUGAACUCGAUACCUUAAACCAGACAGUGACCAUGGAACUUGGACUGUACACAACACUUAUCCGAGUCUUCAUCAAGUGGCUGUACGAUACCAUGCCUGAAGCAGAGUCGGGCUUCAUUUGGAGAAGUCUGGUCGCUUACUUAGAAGUUAUAAUAGUAAAAGAAUACAUGGGAUUAGAACGUGCUCUGGGGAUGGUAUUUUAUGCCAAGGGAAAGUUUCCCUCAAAUGAUGUCUAUCUGUGGUUUUCGGAGAGUCAGGACGUGUCGAACGCGACGUUUCUAUCUGCCAGAAGAUAUUCUGAUUUAGUUGCUACUUUGUACAAUAAGAAUAUCAAGGGUAAUGAAACUAUUUUGAAUGUCCUUGGACGAAUGAGAGCUGAAAUAAGACGUAACGACCUUGCUGGACGAGGAUCGAUCAAAAUGGCAGAAUGGUGGUAUAACAACAUGACUGUUUAUAUGGAUCUGUUGCUCGAGACACAAUCUGAGCUAUCUCAGGAGAUUACUGGGCUACUUGAUGAGAGACAGAAGGCAAAUCUUCAGAAACUUAUAGCAAUCUCGAUUGUAUUUGUUUGUGUGUUCGUCAUCUGUCCUAUCAUCAUUUACGCAGCUUAUACUCUAACUAACGAGAUCCAGAAAUACUCCAUUUCACUGGCAAACAGAACCAAAGCCUUCAACAAAGAAAAGAAGAGAACAGAAACGUUGCUGCAUCAAAUGUUACCCAAGUCUGUUGCAGACAAGUUAAAAGCAAACACAAUUGUGGAUCCAGAAAACUUCGAAGAAGCAACAGUGUUCUUCUCAGAUAUACAAGGGUUCACUCAACUCUCUGCCCGUAGUUCACCAGUUCAGGUGGUCGAGAUGUUGAACAGCUUGUACUCUUGUUUCGAUGGUCGAAUUGCUCUAUAUGAUGUGUAUAAAGUAGAAACAAUUGGCGAUGCCUAUAUGGUCGUUUCGGGAGUACCAAAGAGGAAUAAUAAGCAGCAUGCAGCAGAGAUCGGAACCAUGUCAUUGAGUUUAUUGGAUCAUAUCAAUAGAUUAGAGAUACCCCAUUUACCUGGUACUAAAUACAAAUUGCGUAUUGGUAUUCAUACUGGUCCAGUUGUGGCAGGAGUGGUGGGAAUGAAAAUGCCACGUUAUUGCCUGUUUGGGGAAACUGUCAGUAUUGCUGCUAAAAUGGAAUCAUUGGGAAAAUCUGGUAGAAUACAUAUGAGCUACAGCACAAAAGAAUCUUUACAGAUGAUGGGAGGAUUCACGAUGGAGGAGCGACAAGAUGACGUUUGUAGGGUGGGUCAAGUUCCUUUAAAAAUUUAUUUCAUAUCAUUUUGCAGUAGACUAGGAGCAUUGCCAAUUUCCAAUUUCAUCAAUGUAUUGGCAUCUCCAUGA